AUGCCGACCCAAUCCCCCACCCCUUUGACGCCGAAAGGCCCUCGGAACAAUCGUCGUAAUCAGAAGAAAACCACAACACCUUCAGCUCAGAAUGCGUCAACACUCGCAACACCUCCCUCGUCACCCCCUCGGACCCUGAGUCCCAGGGAUGCGACGACUGAUUCUUCAGGCACCAUCACCUUGUCCAAGAAGAAGGGAAAUCGAUCCACAAAGAAACCACGCGAUACCUCCAGAACAUCUCCAGUCAACAAAUCCAGCCACCGCCACACCUCCUCACAUCCGAACAAUAACAUUACAACGCCGCAUUUGAAAGACACACAUUAUGCGGGGCCAACCUUCCAUGCAUCACCCGCGCCUUCAGCUCUACCUAUCCCAAGCUUCUUUUCCAAGUCGUUCCCCGAUUCUGAUUUAGCGCCCACCUUGGAGCAUGAUAGCGACAGUUUCGAUGCCGAUGGGGAUCUUGAGAAUACCCCCUCCAAGCCCAAAUCACGCCCGCUUAUUCCACAGGAGGAACGAGAGGCGACACCCCUCGAUUUUCUUUUUAAGGCUGCGGUUGAAGCUCGAAGAUCCCAGCCUCAGAAAAGCCCCGAAUCUAGUCCUAGAGACCAGUCACCACAGACCGACUCCAAGGCAAUCCAAAACCGGGCGUUUACCAACGACACCAACGGAAUGUUUCCAUUGGAAAUGGGAGGCCCGGAUCUACACAAUGCGCAAAUCGGGCCUUCUUUCGCACCGUCCUACAAGGAUCGCAUGAACGCUCUACGAUCAGCGAGCUCCCCAUCUCCAACCUUGCAGGGUCUUAAUGAGGACGAGCGGAAGGCCAAAACAGAAGCGUUAAAGAGUUUGCUGCUCAACCCCCGCCCUCAACGACCGUCGUCUACCUCUCACUCGAACCAAAAUCUAGCCAAUCACAAGCAUGAGCGGCCGGGCCUCAGUACGAUGGUACCGCAUUUUGCGACACCUCUAAGGACCAGUUCGGGCCCACCCAUGAUGAAUCCUCAUGGGGAUUUGUUGGGCAAUAAACCACCUCAUCUUGUCUUUGGACCACGCCCGGUUUCGCAGAACGCGAAUCUAAGUUCACCACAGAAUCGCCAACUACGAGAUCCUAGUUUUGGGCCCGGUAUUCUUGCUUCCAACCCCGGAAAUGCACCAAGCACACCAAGACAAGCAUACGGCUCGCCAUCCCAAGGUUAUCCUCCUCGGAUGUUUUCGGCUCAGGAGCAAGAUUCAAAUUUCUACCCCCAAAAUUAUUCCAAGUCUCCAGCUCCUCAAUAUCAGUCUGCCAGUGCGAAUUCACCCGUGGUCGACACGAAAAAAAUAGAGGAUGAUCUACGGCGGGUACUGAAACUCGAUGCCAACCCGAGUAUUCAGUCGAGCAGCAUUCAGAGUUCACUCGCAUAA